UGUCAUGCACAUCAUGUGAUGCGACUAGUUCCUGCUACAGCUGCUGGAGGAGUUGCUGUAUCAUGUCGGAUACGUUGUAAUAUUUUGUUCCGGGACGAAACAUGGGGUCUCUAUAUAAAAUAUAUGCGGAGGUAUCUUGUAAAUCAGUAACUGCUUUGUGCAUUUUAACGGUAUUCGCAUAUUUCUCUGUCACGGAAGGGUCCGAUGACAGUCUCUGGUUCCAAGAUCUGUGCAGUUACAAAUGGGAGGCCAUUGACCAGGACAGCCAAAUGAAGUACACAUUUAAACUGUGUGAUGACUCUCCAGAGACUAAAUGCGGACCAGGGUCGUCUGUCUGUGCCCAUAGUAAUGCCACCAAUACGGACACAACAGUGGGUGAGCUGAGCCUACGGGGAAUAUCGCAGACUGUGCUAGACUUCAAUAGCACUCAAAGGUGUGAAGGGAGCAGCAAUAACAUGCAGACCAGCAUCUCUUUCAUUUGCGGGAAGACCAUGGGAACUCCAGAGUUGGUGACUGUGUCGGAGUGUGUUCAUUACUUUGAAUGGAGGACAUACGUUGCUUGUAAAAAGGAUAAGUUCAAGCCCCACAAAGAGGUGCCCUGCUAUGCAUUUGACCCCAAUGGGAAGAAGCACGACCUUAAUCCCCUCAUUAAGAUCACUGACGGAUACCUGGUUGAUGACUCAGAUGAUGAACAAGACUUCUACAUUAAUAUUUGCCGCAGUUUGAGUGAGUUUCUUUUUUCUAUCAUUAUCUUAUGUGCUCAGUCAAUGAUAGCCGUGUAAGUAUUGUCAUGAGAAAAGGGUUCUGCCCUUUAAUGUAUACUAAGUAGUGUUAUAUGUGGUUUGUGUCUACUAUUUCCUGGUAGGCCAAAAUAAGUUGAA